GUUAUACCUCAGGUUUUAUUUAGAUCAUUGCAAAGCCCUUUGGAAAAUACCAAACUAGCACAUUUUUGGGAAAUCAUACUGAACGGCAACACAAAGUACAUGUACAAUAAGCGUUGUCAUGCACAAAUUUUAUCUUUAGUGGCUUGUGGCUUUGAAAAACGGAAGAUGCAGCUUGAUACUAGCAGCCCUAUCCAUGAUGUCCCUUGCAAAACAAGUAAUUGUGUUCUCCCAGGGUGUAUCAACUCCAAGGUACAGACCAUGAAAAGUAAUCUGGACUUUAAAGAGGCAAAUAAUCAACGAUUCAAGUAGGUGAACACUUCUUUGCUCUUUUCUCAGACUUUCUUAUCUUAACUUAACAUCCACCGCAGUGGUCUCGUCAUCGUUUCACACCGCCUUCGUUUUUGCUCGGAGUGGGGAGUGGGGGGGACCAAAUUAAUGUUUUUCAGGAGCCCAUCAUGAUGGGCUCCUGUGUUUUUAUAUUCAGUUUCAUUUCGCCUUCAUGACUGGCGUCAGUACCAGCAUUUCUGUGGUUUAGUUGCCUGUCCUGCAUCUCAAUUUACGUCACGGAAAGGUCACUCCACGAAAACGGCUUUAUCAAAAAUAGGUUCUAAACGUAUUUUUGGCAACUUUAUCAAAUUAUUAAGUUAGCGGCUAUCCAGCCCUCACUCCCGCCCGGCUAAUUUGUGGCCAGUUGUAAGAAUCCUUGCGGAUAAAUUGUCAGUAAAUCAUUGUUAACAGAACCUCUUUGUGGUGGCCUUUAUCUUAUCAUCGCCCAAGCUCACACGGUAAUACAGGCUCGACCGGAUUAUUUAGAUGUGACAAAAUACUUAACUGUACUGUCUCUACUCGUUUCUCCAGUUUUCAUAGUAUGAUAAGUACAAAAAAACCUCGCGAGUUCAUUUGUCGACAGUUGUUGACUCCAGGAGUAUAAACAUGACGCAGCGAUGAUGGAUUUCCUUCUUUGGCCGUCGUUCGCAAUUUUCCAAGAAUGUUGAGAGCCCCAAUAAGACGUACAAAAACUUUUAACGUUAUUGUAAAAAUCGAAUCAACCAUGGCUACUCUUCUAAACAAUCUGCGAAAUGACGUCAUAAUGUUCAAAUUUUGCUGUGACAUUUGAUUAUUGUAUCACUUAACAUUAGGAAACGCAAAGAUCGGAACACAAGUAUGUCGGCGUUCACACCAGCUAGCCAAACUGCUGAGAAAGACUGGGAGCAGGAUCUGGCGGACAUCCUUAACAUUCUGGAGGAAGAAAAUUCUACGAGCUCCUCUCACCUGGGGGACAAUUCUGUAGUGAACCGGCUCGAUGAAAUUGAUGAAGGGCAGUGGCCAUCAUCACCUUUUCAACACUCUAUUGGCCAAGAGGUAAGCUUCCUCCAAACGACUCCCCCGUUGGCUAUUCACAACUCACGAGUUAGUCAGAAGGAAUUGCAAAUUCAGCGCACCGUAAACUUCCUAAGAACUUCAGGUAUCAGCACUGAACUGAAGACCAAGUCGAAUGCUUCUGCUUUUCCAGGAAACGAGCACCUGGAAGUCAUGCUGAUAGAUUCAAGCACAGGUUGUCAUGUUGCUCCCAACAGCACUACAGAUAAAGCCAUUCAGCCCGCAAUCAGCACUUGUCCAAUAGUUUCCGAUACUUCGUUUAAAAUGGAUUACGAAAAUUCCAGUGGUGUGAAACGACCAAUACAAGAGGAGAUCGCCUUAGAGAAAAAUGGGAACAUCUCAACGAUUAAGAGAAAGCGAAGAAUUCCACAACGACCAAAAAUCAAGUUGUUUGAAAUUCUUUCUAUGAUACUUCAAGCCCUUGCAAACCCACAGAUAACAGAAUCCAAAGAGCAUGAAAUAUAUGUCGUGCUUCAGAAGGCACAUACAGAGAUUCAAAGGAUGCAAGAAGUCCGAACUAUCCAUACUUGA